CGGAAGUUUGCGAUAGUAAACAAACUUGACAUUCUGAAGUGUUAUUCUUUAUUUUAUCUUGUUAUUUAUUGAAUACGUGGCAUUGAUCAGUAAUCCAAUGAUUAUAUCAAAGUCAUGUUCUUAAGUAAAAAGAUAUGAGUCCGUCUGGCCUACAAAUAAAUAAACCAGUAGCUGUAGCUAUAUUUGGUGUAAUAGUGACAGUGUCUGUUGUCUAUUAUUAUUCUGAUACAUUUGGAUUGACUAAAACUAAAAACUUGGCUGAACCUUCUACUAAAACAUCUAGAAAAAAUAUGGAGGAAAAAAAUAUUGUUGUGAAUGUCAAUGGAGAGGACCUAAAAAUUUUCACUCGUCAAGUAAAGCCGGAUAAAGAACCCAUAUUUGAUAUAUUAUUAUUACAUGGCCAAGCUUUUUCGUCUCAAAAUUGGAUGGAUAUUGGAACACUUGAUAUGUUAAAAAAGACUGGCUACCGAGCAGUAGCAGUUGAUUUACCAGGCUAUGGAAAAAGUUCUAAAACUGAGAUCAAGGAAAAAGGAGAGUUUAUAAAGGAUUUGAUAAAAACACUAGAAAUGAAUGCCCCUGUGAUUAUUAGUCCAUCAAUGAGCGGUUCAUUUGCUUUACCCUAUAUUUUUAAUGGAGAGGCAAGCAGUGUACUGAAGAGAGCUCGAGCCUAUAUACCUGUUGCUCCAGUCGGUACUUCAGAAUUUAAAGAGAAAUAUCCACAAAGUCAGAUUCCCACAUUAAUUGUAAGAGGUGAGAAUGAUCUGUCAUUGGGGACUCUGAGUGAAAAUAAUUUAAAAACAAUACCAAGAAGUGAAGUACAUGUCAUACAAGAUGCAGGACAUGCUUGUUAUAUAAACAAACCUGAUGAAUUUCAUAAUCUUAUUUCCAUUUUCUUAAAAUCUGUACAAAGCUAAAAUUGAAGAUAUGAAUUUGACCCAAAGCUUGUUUUAUUAGUUCCAAAAGCACAUGCAAGAAACUACACCUAUCUUUGUUUCAUGUAGACAGACACACUCUGAGUGUGAUUACAUUAUUAUAGCUCAUAGGUUUUUACUUUUUUCAAUGUAUGCAAUAUUAAUAGUCCCAUUUAUAAAUGUUUCUCAAAAGACCUCAUAUCAGCCAUUCUUAUACCAAGACAUAGACUCCCUACCACUCAUCUAUCCGUUCAUCUCUACUGGGCAUGUCUGUAUUAGCUAUUAUACCACACCAUGUCCAUUUCUUAUUGUCUGUAUAUCACAACCUUUACAUUACAAAUAUGAAUGAAGUUCUUAAUUGAGUGUCUGUUCGGGUCUUUUUCGGUUAACAUUAGCAAGUUUCAGCAGGCGAUGAAAAGUUGCUGACAAGCAGGCACUGGAUAAAUUCAUUCAAAUUAAAACAUUUUCCCUGAAUAUAUAUUCAACUUUAUUACUAAUAUAUGCAGAAGAAUUUAAUUAUUAAUUGAGGAUUCAUGGAUUAUGGCAGCAUUUUUGUAAUUGUUACCACUUAGAUUCAUUUCUCAAACAAUCCUUAGUAAGUAAACAGUUGAAGAAUAAUUUGUCACUACUAACUAUGGAUUUUACAGUGUUUGUGACAGUAGUGUUAUUAGUAAACAGAAAGAGAGGUAUCAGUGUCAUUAUAUGAGAAUGAUUUUCAAGAGGUCAUAUAUCAGACAAAAGACUUUUAGAUUUAAAACUAAGAAAAUAUUUAUGCAUGCAUGUGCCAUUUUGUGAACUAUUUUUUUAACAUUCUGGUGGUAUUUCAUUAGUGGGGGAUUAUUUUUGAACAUUGUUUGAGGGUUUUUUUAAGGUUUAUUUGUAUGACCAUUGUGGUCACCUUAAUUUUUGUUUUUUUAUCUGUUAUUUUCCAUAAUUAACAUAUAUAAUAUGUAAUCCAUUAUGUGUCUUGAAAUGUUGUUUUAAUUUAUUAUAUUGAUCUUUAAUGGAUAAAAAUUGUCUUCAGUGGAUACCGAAACUGUAACAACAUGUUAAAUACAUACAUAAACCAGGUGUACUAGAUGAGUUUUUUUAAUAAUUUCUUUUAUGAAAGCCAACGUCCAGGGGCGGAUCCAGGAAUUUUUGCAGGAGGGAGUUUGCUAGGUUCCUGUUAAGGAAAUUUGACAGUUGACAAUGCAUGACGCCAUCAUCGUCUCCAAUUUACGUAGGCAUACAUACACUUUGAACUUUUUAAAGAGAGAAAUCUAUUUUUAUAACGAAUUAAUCAGAUCACAUUCUGGUUCAAUUUCAUUGAUGCAAAGCAUUAAUUGUGAUAUGACACAUGUCUAUAUCAUUAUUUCGCACUUUGAAUGCUCAUCCCAUCCCAACAUCUGAUGAUAAAGGAUAAAGCAUAUGAUCUUGUUUUACAAUUUUUUUUAUGUAGCUUAGCUGACGUCCACAUUCUUUAAACAUAAUCUAGUUAAACGUAAAAAAUAUAUUUCAUCAUUGAUGAAGACUAGAAAAGCCUAGUUGUAACGUUGUCGCUGUUAUAAAAGUUAAGAAUUUGUUAUUCCAUAGGGUUAUUUUUAUUUAUUUAUGCUUGUCAAUUACUAAAUGCCAUUUAAACAACAUAAUUCCAUUUAGUUCCCCAAAAAUUUCAAAUCUGUUAGUUAAUUUAUUGCAUCAACAAUAGAAAAGGAUAAGACAACUUGUGAACAUCUUCUCUCGUUAUAAUUCCUUUGUUCAUAAAUCAGUGUUUAAAAACGGAUAGUUCCUGAUUAUCAAGUAUUGUGCACAAUUGCUGCUUUCAUAACUUGAAUCUAAAUUAUCUUUUCCUAUGUGUGACACAUAAUUUCUGUCCACUUUCAUCAACAUCUCAUUGUGUAGCCCACACUUUCAUGACAAUAUGCUUAAAAAAAUAAAGUAUUAUGAAUUUUAUUUAACCAUUAUUUGAACAUUUUUAUUAGGUUACUCGCCAUAUAUACAGAGUAUAGCCCCUCUGAAUAUUAGUGAUGCAUUCAUUGGGGGGGGGGGGAACAAGAGAAAGCAGAACGUUUAACAAUUAACAAUGAUGGCGAAUUAAUUGUCGAUCAAUAAUGAUGGCGAAUUAAUUGUCGAUCAAUAGUCAACGAUACUGAUUGAUAUACAACCUUCCUAAGUUUGUCCCCAAUGUUAUUUUUCCCAAGUUAACUGUGUGAACUGUGUAUUGAUUGAAAAAAAAAAAGACUUUAUUAGAAAUCAGUACUUGUGUUUUCAUCUAAAUAAAAUUUGAGGGAAAUCAAUAACCCUCUAGUCAUCAUACCACCUAGUUGCAUUUAGGUAUAUCAUUGUAAUAUGGAUUAAGCUUUUAUUAAUUACUUUAUAUUUCAUGGAAAUGUCAUUAAGGAUAUUUUUGUUUUCUGAUAUUAUAUUGUUUGUUUAUUUGCUACUCUGUAUAUACUGGUAGCUUUUCUAUUUUACCAAAAAUGUAUGUUUAUAUUCUGAAUGUUUAUGAACAAAAUGUCAAAGAAAAGGGUGAGUUUGUAAUUGGAAUGUAAUUCCCUAGUAUUAUAUUCAUUGUUUUAAGUGAUUAAUGUUUCUAGGUUGUAUAUACUUGUAACUUUUCUAUUAAGAUUAUUUUACGAUAAAUAUGUAGUAUAUUUCUGAAUAUCUAAGAAUAAAACUUUAAGCGAAGGAAA